CCGCAUACAAACUGAAAAAAGCAAACCCAGCCAGACCAGCUGAGGCGAGCCGUCAGAUCAAAUGUCAACAAAUGUCACUUAGACCGAAAGUAUUUAGUUGUUGUGUUAUUUGUAUAAGUCCUCUACUGUUUACUGACAUUCAGUAUGGCGCACGACUCCCCUUUGGCUCUUAAAUAUUUCUACAUCUUUAAUUCAAACUAUGGUCAGAAAGAAGGAGAGGAAGCUCAAAAAAUCUUGUACUUCUUUCCACCUCAAACUGAUUUGGACACACAAAUAAAGAAUGUAGGUCUAACAGAAGCUAUUAUAAAAUUUACAGAAACUUUUAAUAGUCACCAGAAGUGUGAAUCAUUACACACAUUAAAAACAAGACAGCUUUAUUUUCAACCAGAGGAAGGAUUUUGGAUGGUGCAAGUGCUAUCAGUUCCCACUGUCACAAAAACUAAGGAGGGUGUAGAUCAUUUAGAAUAUCAAAGUGACGAAAUUCAGGACAAUGUUUAUUGGUCUGUCCUUGAGCAAGCCUACAGGAGUUUUAGCUUGUUCAAUGGUACAUUCAGUCAAAUCUUAGAUGACUAUGAUUUGACAAAGUUAAGAUACAAGUUAGCUAGCUAUUUAUCUAAGUAUCUCUCCAAGAUAAAACUGCAACAUGCAGAUAUUCUGGAUGUUUUUCAUGGAAUCCAGUUUUUACCUUUGGAUAAAAAGACAUUCCUACAUGUGCAAACGGUGGUGAAUUUAUUAGAGUGCUCUUUUCCAAAAAUUCGGUGUACAGCUUUUCUUUACAAUGAUCAACUUGUAUGGAGUGGUUUAGAACCAGAUGACAUGCAAGUCCUGUAUCGUUAUCUUGUGAGUAGUUUACUCCCAGCUCAAAUGGAAAGUGAACUUCAAGGAGGUCCUAUACCUCGACAGUCAAACUCCUUUUCUGCUCUGCAUUACGGAAGAUUUGCCUCUGGACCAACUAAUUUGCAAAAUGCAGAUAUUGGGAAAAUACCUAAAGUACAUUUGAAGAGUAGCUCUGGCUCAGUUGUUUGUCAUCUGGUAAUUUACCGAGCUCUAAGUGCAACUGUUUGUAUGCUCAUUGAUGAGGCAGUUUCACUAGAAAUUGACUUUUUCCAAAGGCUGGAUGUAUUUUUGGGACAGAGACUAACUAAACUAGCUUCAGAAAUAGCUGAGCAAUGCAGUCAUGGCAGUGCAAACAGUGUGUCAGCAGAGUCAGGGGCCAAGUUUGUUUACUAUAACCAUUUGAAUCGUGCUCAGAAGAGUACUGUGCAUCUGGACAACCGUAAAAAUGGCAACAUAUCUGUACCUUCAGAUGUCUUAAGAAUUUUGGCUGACUUGAAUUCUGAUUUCAGGGACAGAAAACCAUCAACAGGAGAGACUAUAGUUAAAACGAUGAAUGAUUAUUGGGUUGUUGGAAAACUAUCAAACCUUCGAGAGUUCUAUGUUGUCAUUCAUCAGAAGAAUGCCAAUCUAAUAGAGAUAAAUGAAGAAGUGAAGAAACUCUGUGAUAGCCAGUUUAAAAGCAUAUUUUUCAGUGAAUAGACUUAAUUCUGAAAUUUGUGUUGUGCAGUUGUAACAUAAGUUUUAUGUUGGUGUGUACUAGCAGAAAUAUACCCUUUCCACUCAAAGAAACAGAAGGUAUGUUGAAUUUUAAUAAAUGUUUGGAAGGUAUGUUCACUUCCUUGACAAAAAUCCAAA